AUGCCAUCAACGUCUACAUUAUCUACACCGGAAGUGCAAACGCCCGGAAUCCGGCCAGGUUCCAGCGCUGGCAAUGGCAAAGGCGUCAACUUGAACGUCGUGCUCACUUGUCCCGAGUGCAAGGUUUAUCCGCCUGAGUUGAUAGAGCGUCAUAGUGAUGGAGAUAUUGUCUGUGCGCUCUGUGGGUUGGUGUUAAGUGAUCGAGUGAUCGAUUCUCGUUCUGAGUGGCGUACUUUCAACAACGACGACCAGAAUGGAGACGAUCCUUCGCGUGUUGGUGAGGCUUCUGCAUCUGUGUUGGCGUCGGACCAACUAUCCACAGUGAUUGCCAAUACACAAGACGGAAGUAGGGUGGCUCGAGAGCUCAAUAGGACACAAGGUAAGUCCGUUGCUGACAGGAAGGAUCACGCUUUGCAGGCUGCCUAUGCCAAGAUCAGCCAAAUGUGUGACGGUUAUCAGUUGCCUAAAGUUGUUCAGGAUGGUUCGAAAGAAGUGUACAAGCUUGUGUAUGAUGACAAGAUGUUGAGGGGUAAGAGCCAGGAGAGUAUCAUGGCAGCUGCCAUCUUUCUCGGCUGCAGAAAGGCCAGUGUGCCGCGCUCUUUCAAAGAGAUAUGGGCGUUGACCAACGUCCCAAAGAAGGAGAUUGGAAAGACUUUUAAAGUGAUUAAUCAGAUCAUCAGAAAGAAGAAUGCUGAACAGGGUGGUUUGAUUACCUAUCAGAACGAUAACAUAGCUACAACACAGACUAACCCUGAGGAUUUGGUUGGAAGAUUCUGCUCUCACUUGGGUUUGAAUCCCCAACUUACUAGUUCGGCCCGUCAUAUUGCGCGCAGAUUGCGUGAGGUUGGAGCUUUGGAAGGUAGGUCACCUACCACCAUUGCUGCCACCGUCAUCUACUUUACUACAAUUCUUUUUAAACAACAGAUGGGCCUGCAGAAGAUCUCGGAGAAGACAGGUGUUUCAGAAGGUACCAUCAAGUCUUCAUAUAAGCAUCUGUCUACAUCUAAAGACCAACUUAUAGAUCCAAGCUGGUUGGAAUCGGAUAAAGUCGAUCUCAGCGCUAUUAAGGACGAACAGAAUAUUAAUAUUAAGUAA